ACUUGUUGUAUUUUUCUACAGCAGAAGCGGUCGAAGCGGCAGCGGCGGCUCUGAGAACCUGGCGGCCGAAAUGUCGGGUGAGGCGGACUCUGCGGGCGGCGGCGGCGCCCAAGUAUUGAGUCUCGCCGUGGAGCCGCCCACCACCAAUGAUGACACCGAGAGCUGCGACCGCGUAAGCGCCUCCAACUACGAUGCCGGCGACGGUGGGCUUCUGCUACGUUGCGAACGAUGUGACGCCUUCGAAACUAAAUCACGCGCCCUGCUGCUCGCACACGUCUGCAAAACCACCCCGACUGUGCCCGUAAAGCCCGACCUAGCGGUACAGAGCGUUCCGCCCGCCCCACCACCCGCCACCAAUGAUACGGAAACGGAGACGCAGCCACCCGCCGAGAGCAACCGCCACCACAGGAAGCUCUUCGAAUGCGACGUUUGCAACAUGAAGUUCUCCAAUGGCGCCAACAUGCGGCGGCACAAGAUGAGGCACACAGGCGUCAAGCCCUAUGAAUGCCGCGUCUGCCAGAAGAGGUUUUUCAGAAAAGAUCAUCUGGCCGAACACUUCACGACCCACACGAAAACCUUGCCAUACCACUGCCCAAUCUGCAACCGCGGCUUCCAACGGCAGAUUGCGAUGCGGGCCCAUUUCCAGAAUGAACAUGUGGGCCAGCAUGAUCUCGUGAAGACGUGUCCGCUGUGCAGCUACCGUGCUGGCACUAUGAAAUCCCUUCGUGUCCACUUUUUCAAUCGACACGGCAUUGAUCUCGACAACCCGGGUCCCGGGGCACCCUCGUCCCUCCUGCUAGCUCUAGAUUCUCAGAAUGCCGGUCAACUGCUGCCUCAACUUGUGGCCGCCGCGGCGCCAGCCUACAGCGAUAGCGGCGACAGUUUGCGCUCCGCCGAAAAUGCAACUCCUCCCAUGCACUUCCUAACGCCCCAUGUCGAGAUCUCCAUGGCAGACAAUGCCGACACCUUCGCGGUGAGUCCUUCACAAACCACUGAAUUCCCCCACACAGCAUUAAACAACAUUGAUCCUCAGGGCGAUCCGGCGCCCACAAAUUCAACCGGCCUGGAGAUUCAGCCGUGUCCGUCGUCGGGGCACCCCAAUGGAGGUUCCCCGUCGUCACCACACUCGGCUGACUCCAAUUCUAACGCCCCCUCGAGUUCUCAUUCUCUGAUGCCCAGUGUGGCCCAGAGCUCGAGGCAUAUGCUGGGCGAGGGCAACAUUACGCCGUCCAUCAGUCUCAUUCCCAUCAAGCAGGAGCCCAACACAAACGACGAGUAUGCGGAGGGAAAGGUACGACCCAACGAACAAACGUCACCGUCGGCAACAGUCUCCAAUUCUGGAGACAGUUCUGUACCUUCAUCAAGCCUCACGUCACUCAUUAAGGUUUCACCCCUGAAGUCACUCUUACGCGAGGAUCUCAAACGGCGAAUAAGUGCCCGUGCUUCAAAUCGCGCCUCUCGCAAUGGCAGCGUCAACAAUAACAACAAUGCUGCCAUGAGCAACCAGAAUGCCUCGUUGGGCGGUACACUGGCUGUGUCUCCGCAAGACGGUCAAGCAGCCGUCGUUGCGACCACAUCCAAUGGCGCCAUAACGUCAACGGGGCCUGAAAAUGAAUUGUUGGCGCUACGAAGCAAACGGGGCCUUCAGUGCCUGUUCUGCGGCAUUGAAUUCCCCGAUCAGACGCUGUACUUCCUCCAUAAGGGCUGCCACAGCGAAAGCAACCCGUGGAAGUGCAACAUCUGCGGAGAGCAGUGCAACAAUGUGUACGAGUUCAAUUCGCACCUGCUCAGCAAGAGCCACCAAUGAGAUUGGUGGGGCUCCGACGAGGAUCAAUGGGGAACGUCGCAGCCUCGUCGGCAUUUAUGCACUUGAGCGCACGAGGGCGUCGCGACAGCCUGGAUCAGUAAGUGACGCAAUUGUGUACCUAUAUAAUUUUUCCUCUUCUUCUUCUUCUAUUUUAUGUAAGGGCCUUGACAGACCUGAGGAUUAGCCUAGAGGCGGUUUAGCAUAAUUAUAUUUGAAAUAUUGGUUAAACUUCAUUUCCAUCGUUUUCCACUAAGUCAUCUCUCGGAUUAAGUCGUAAGUGUGUCUAGAGCAUAAGGCUGUCGGACUCACUCGGGUCCAUAUAGCCAUAUAAUUUUUCUAAAUUUUCAAAAUCCAACUGUCCAACUAUUGGAUCAAAAGUCAACUGUCACAUUUAUACAGGAAUUUCAGUUUGUUUGGUUACAUAACCUCAAAAUUUGAAAUUGCGUCAAUUACUCAUCUGGACGCCAAAAUGUCCCUUCGAAAUUCAGAAUCUUGCCCUCAGGGCGGUGACCCAUGCCAAUUUCUCCUCUGAGCCCCGCCCUGAGACACUAAAAAGUCAAGUAGAGUCAUUUGCUAUGUGGCUCAAGAGGCGUAAGGAUUGUGUUGAAAAAUAUAGUGCAAAAAAUGGAUAUAUCCGUCCACAAGUCUAGUUUCUUAGAAGAGUUUUAAGUACACAACACAUAAAUACAAUUGUUAUUUAAUUUUAUAAAUAUUCCAAGUGUAAUGUAGAAAAAAAAGAACAAACAAAACAAAAAUGUAGAAACAUAACCUCUAUCUGUAAAUUUUAUUUCUCUCUGAUAGUAAAUGAGAGAGAAAAGUCUCAGUGAAGUUAUUUUUUCUAUUAGGAA